AUGGCGGCGUAUAUCGUCGAACACGCCGGCACCGAACUGCUGCGCGAAACCGAACGGCUCAAGUACCAAGUGCUUACGUUGCAGAGCAAGCUGUUGGUGUCGGCCAAGGUUGUCGACAGUCGGUUGACAUUCCGCGAAGGCCGGCAGUUUUUCGAGUACAAGCUCCAGAUCGAAACCAACAACCCACUCCACACGAACAGUUGGCAUCGAUACAAGACGUUUCGAAUAUUUGGGGCGACGCUCCAAACCAAGAACGGGUUCCGCCGCAAGGACAUCCCGGACUUGCCCAACAAGCAACUGUUUGGGUCGGACAGAUCGAUCCAAGAACGUAUCGGCAAGCUGAACCAGUUCCUUGAAGCGGCGACCAACACGGACUGCUUGCCGUGGGGCGUCCGCGUCGACCAGGACAAUACAGAUGUGGGAGACAGCAUGGUGUCAACCGUCGCGUCGUCAUCGGAUAUGCAGUCUCCGCGCACCUCGUCUCGACAGUCUGUGUCGUUGCGUGAAUCGAUCGUUGGUGGACGCAAGUCGUAAAACAAAACUUUAUGUGGGCACGUAUCGUUUUAAUCAAGGCAAAGUAGCCGUCCUCCGGGUCGUACUCGGCACCGUCCGCGACGUACCGCACUUCCACUUGCGUGUCCGACACCUUCUGAAUGAUCUGCG